UUUUAUAUUAUUUUCAUUUUCGUUUGGCAGGGAAAUAUAUUAUUGUAUGGGGGUAAAAUAUGUCGGUAUUUAGUCUAGAAAAUGCAGCCUUUGUGUCUUUACUAAAAUAUGGAAGUGUGGUGCUUGUCAAGUUGGUCGCCAUGUCCCCAAUAACAAUCAUGUAUCGGAAAAUUCACAAGUCAGUUGCAUCAGAAGAAGAUGCAAAAAUGGCUCAACCAAAUGAUUAUGAAAGGCAGAAAAAACUUAUGGCAAAGAAUACCGAAGUUGAAAGGGCACGAUCAGCUCAUCUCAAUGACUUGGAAAAUAUUGUUCCAUUUUUUCUCACUGCGAUGCUUUACAUCACUAUCAAACCGGAUGCGUCAACGGCUGACUUGCUUUUCAAGAUAUUUGCCGGAUCCCGAAUCCUUCACACAAUCGUGUAUCUUGGGAAGGUCCCUCAACCAUCACGCGCGUUGUGUUUCUUGGGUGGAAUCUCCGUCAAUUGUUAUAUGUUGUUUCAGAUUAUGAAUGCUGUAUUUUUGUAGAAGUUUGACCAUAUUUAGUGGAAAUUCGGCCCGGUGUUUUUUAUAUUGCAUUUGGAUAAUUAUAAAAAUAAUAAUAUACUUGAAGGAUUGCGCUUGAUUGCAGUAUAUAUCCUUCCUAUGCAGUUGCUCCAAAAAUCAAAGCGGUAGUCAAUAUGUCAGCCUUGGAGUGUUCAUGGCACAUGGUGAUUAGGACCUAUUCCUAACUGUCAUAGGGAGUGGUUUCAGAGAAUCUAAAUUUUAUGUCAUUCUGCUAAAAUAUACUUUUACGUGAAACUGCUGCUUGAAAGUUAUUGAGAAAAAGAGAAAUUUUGAUAUCAGCCGUUGUUACGUAUUUUACUGAUUUCGUUCCAACUGCCUUGUUUAAUAAAUUUGAUUUUUGCUUACAAUUUUUUUUAAUCAAUAUAAAAGUUUGCAACCAUG